CGGGGCAUGCCGAGGCACUUGCAGUGGUGGCGCCGAUCCAUAGCGGCUCGAAGCUGUGAUGCCCUGGUUCCAUCGUCUGGAGUUUUAGUAGGUAUCGUUUGUCCCCGGCAACAUCGGGCAUACAAUACUCUCUGUCUAUAUUUAAUAAAAAUAUCUUCACUUGCUCCUCAUUGUUGCAGCUAGCCCCAAGACAUUGCUUAAAAUGACGAGCCCAAGAUGGGUUCUCAAGCUCGUCUCCAGAGCCGCUAUCGUUGGCGUAGUCUUCAUUGCUAUUCUCUAUCAAUUUGUUUUCAAAUCCAUCAUAUUUGACGCUCUUGGGUAUGGUCGCAAAGUCCAGUCUAUUAAGGACUUCAAUAACCUCCACUGCGAGAAGAUCGAUGAGCUGGGUCUGGAAGGAUGCGAGGAUAUGUGGCUGCAUGAGAAGACGGGAUAUCUCUAUAUGGCGUGUUCAGACUCUCAAAGUCGAGUAGACUGGCUUCCAGCUGUUGGCCAUCUCAAUGCAACCGGACGAGGCUUGACAGAUCGCAUCGCUGUCCUUGACACCAGAGGACCAGGUCGUCUAGCAUCUCGCAUCAAAUGGCUCUCUAUUGAGAACUUCUCUGGCAUCAACGGCGAUGCGACCCUGAACCUUCACGGCUUUGAUAUCCGAGGCGACAAGCACACAGAUAUUCUGCGCAUUCUCCUCGUCAAUCAUCGUCCUCCGUUCGACCCAGUCACCGGCGCACCUCUCGAUGCUUCAAAGGUCGGAGCCAAUUCAACGAUUGAGCAAUUCCAAACCAAAGCUGGCACAGACAAAAUGCGUCACGUGCGAACUUUUGUGAAUGAGCACAUCCAGACGCCCAAUCGUGUUGCUUGGAUGAGUGAGGAUACUUUUGUCUUUACCAAUUCCCACAGUGGGAAGGUUGGAUUUGUAAGUUUCCCUGAACCCAAUCCGAGACCUUGCUCAAUUAUUUCGCAGCGCCAAUUAUUAGACCCUUUCAUUGGCGGUGGCACAGUGGGAUACUGCCAUCGCAAUCGGUGCAAGAUAGCUUCAUCAGGAUUCAACUUCAAAUUCCCAAAUGGUCUCGUCCGAGGCCACGAAGGUCUCAUCUACGUACCCACCACUAUCGAAGGCUCCAUCUCUGUCUUCACACUCACAGCCGACCACAACCUCGAACAAGUAAAUAAGAUCCAAACCGGCCUUCCACUAGAUAACCUCUCCGUCGACAAAAACGGCGAUAUCUUUGCAGCAGCCAUCCCCCAGGUAUACAAAUGGGGAUGGAGCUCGAAGAAGCCAUUCGACGUGAACCCGCCGAGCACAGUGCUCAAGAUAACAAGGGUGAAGAAGCCUGGGCAGGGUUCUGGGAGGAAGAGUCUGUUUUCGCAUGAGCUUGAUUAUGAGGUUGAGAAAGUAAUGGAGGAUGAUGGGAGUGUGUUGCCUGGGUCGACCAUUGCGGUACAUGAUGUCGAGACGGGGAGAUACUUUUUGGGAGGUGCCAUGUCGCCAUUCAUCACCAUCUGUGAGCCGAGGAAGUGAUGGGAGGCUGUUUGUAUUUUCGGCCUAUGAUCAGCCAAUUACUAUCUACGCACAUUGAUUUCGCAGCAAAGUGAUGAACUUUUUUCGCAGCAUCGGUUAUUUCAUCCAGGGCCUCAGCCCUGAAACUUGAUUCUAGGAUGUUGAACCAGGGUCUCCGGGCCAAGUUUAGGCUCUACCCGCCUGACAGCGCCAGUCUUGGGUCUGCUCUGGCUUUCGCAGUUUCUCUCCUGCAUCAAUUCUCAGAACAUCGUGCAGUGACAUAGUCUAUACGUGGACUUUUCUUUUCAUCGCUUGUCUACAACCAAUUACGCAUCAAGAUUUCGAAAUCAAGCUCAAUUCUGUUCGAUCUAAUUCCCGAAAUAUAAUUCCACCUUGAAUCUUGAACUUUGAUCUCGAAUAAAGUUACGUCGCUGGAGUGUUCGUGUCAAAUUAAUAUCUCACGCACAAGUUUGGGGUAUCAGCUGUAUGUAAUGGAGGGGAUUUGUUGGUGCUGUUUACAAUUGGAACAAUAUAUUGCGUGUUGACAUUCUUGGGGCUGUGGUUGAUGUGGAGGGAGACCACUGUCGAAGUACAGCAUUUCUCAUCAAGAGAAGGAAUGGAAU